UUUUUCGCCAUUCAAUCAAGAAACUCGGAGUUAACUCUUAAAGGAGUAAAUAGUUCGCGGCGAGGCGAGCUCGCUGUGCGAGUCUGUUUCGCGUCUCAAUAGUUCUGAUUACGGAUUUCUAUCAAAUUCUCAACGACUAUCGUACUCUUCGAGUAAGUAUUUCCAGUACAGAAGGAGAUCGUCUGAACGUUAAUCAAAAUUCUAAGACGUGACGUUAAACUCUGACAGGGAAAAAUACAAAUUAAAAAAAAAGAUCAUUUGCUAUCGGAGGUCCUCUGAGUUCGGUACUAUUGCGUACUGUUUAUCCGUGUGUAUAUGCGUGUGUAUUUGCUUCUGUCGCGUGCACGAGGACCGGAAGAGUCGGCCCAGAAUUGGCCGAAAACAGAAAGACAGACUGUACGUGUGUCUGUGCUGCUGUCUCUGCUGGUAGUGUAAUGUGUGUGCUCGCGUAAAAAGAGUGUAUAUGUAUAUAAUGGUUGCUGGUGUAUGCGCGCGCGCGUUACUCUUCAUUACGAUUGGAAGUAAAAGAGAAAGAGAGGGAUAGAUGAUGCGCGAGAAGGAUCGCUGACGAAGUGUAAAGAGGGAGUGGGAGAGAAAGAGAGAAAGAGAUAUAUAGAAAACGUUAAAAAGGUGCUGGGUAGUAGCACGAUAGAAAGAGAGAGAGAGAGAAAGAGAGAAAGAAAGAAAAAGAUAAAUAAGUGUGUCGCGACAUCCUAAAGAAUAUAAGAGCUUUCUUUUCCUUCUUUAUAAGAGUGAAUCGAAGUUAAGAAGGAAAAAGAAGAAAACAAAAAGAAGAAGAAGAAGAAAAAAGAUAGAGAGAAAGCACGAGUGGGUGGGGUGCCGAAGCCGUAGACGUGAAAGAGGGAUAAGAGAAAAGACAGAAACCGAAAGAAAGAAAGAGAAAGAGAUAGAUAGUAUACUAAGCGGAAGAGUAGUGGAAGGAUGCAAACGGUGCUGUGUAAACACGCGUCCUGGCUUGCACUGGGUUGCAGCAGUUAGACUUGGGAGAAUUGUGUUAGUUCGAUCCGUUUCUCUAGGCUGUCCUGAGGCUUCACGGAAGAAGGGAAAACGGUGAAAAGGAAAAGCGUGAAAAGUAACGGUGAAACGAUAAUAAAGAAAGAAGAAGAAGAAGAAGAAAAAAGAAAAAAGAAAAAGAAGAGGAGGGGAAGUAGGAGUAGGUAGAAAGGAGGAAGAGAGUGGGAAAGGGGUAGGGGAAGGAAGAGGGAGAAGAAGUCGGCCGAGCAACGGCGUCAGGUGACGCGCAUUGCUCCACACAGCAAGUUUAAACGCGCCUAUAUAUGAAUUGCUUUUACAAAUGACGGUGUAUCAAGACAAACGAGUUUGCCAUUGUUGUUGUUGCUGCUGCUGCUGUUGUUGUUGUUGUUGUCACUGGCUGGAUCAUCGGUCGUCUGAUUAGCUGAAAUCGUAAAAGCCUCUGCGAAAUGCAUCGUAGGGUGGGAUACAGCAACUACGAUGGCAAGAUCGCGGGCCUUUACGACCUGGAAGAGACUCUUGGUCGUGGACACUUUGCUGUGGUAAAGCUUGCUCGACACGUAUUUACUGGUGAGAAGGUUGCAGUGAAGGUCAUAGACAAGAGCAAACUCGACGAAGUAUCUAGGGCGCAUCUUUUCCAAGAGGUACGAUGUAUGAAAUUGGUGCAACACCCGAACGUGGUGAGAUUAUACGAGGUGAUAGAUACCCAAACAAAGCUGUACCUGAUUUUGGAAUUAGGCGAUGGCGGUGACCUUUACGACUACAUCAUGCGCCACGACAGUGGAUUAAGCGAAGAGGUGGCAAGGACGUAUUUUCGACAGAUAGUUCGUGCAAUAUCCUACUGUCACCGAUUACACGUAGUUCACAGGGAUCUCAAGCCGGAGAAUGUUGUCUUCUUCGAGAAACUCGGCACCGUCAAAUUAACCGAUUUCGGUUUUAGCAAUAGAUUUUGUCCUGGACAAAAGCUCGAAACUUCAUGCGGUUCUUUGGCUUAUUCGGCACCCGAGAUACUUCUUGGCGACAGUUACGAUGCUCCCGCAGUUGAUGUCUGGUCGCUCGGUGUGAUUUUGUACAUGCUGGUAUGCGGGCAAGCACCUUUUCAAGAAGCAAAUGACAGCGAGACAUUGACAAUGAUCAUGGAUUGCAAGUAUUCCAUUCCAGCUCACGUUUCCAGUGAUUGUAAACGUUUGAUCGCUAAGAUGCUUGUCAGAGAACCCGAAGGAAGAGCUUCACUCGAAGAAAUAGCUGCUGAUCCUUGGCUUGCUAUCGGAUCUGAUACGGAUUCUGUCGAAGUGUUACCAUUAGUAUCACGUCAACAAGUAUCCGAUGAUCAUCAUAAUCUUAUUAUUACUAAAAUGGUUAACGGUAAUAUCGCCACAAAGGAAGAUAUAUUAGAAGCGUUAGACAAGAACGAGUAUAAUCACAUAACGGCGACGUAUUUCCUGCUGGCCGAGAGAAAAUUACGAGCUCAUAGACAGGAACAGGUGCAAAAAGCACGUCCCGAGAUACUCGAUGUUUCUCCUAGCAGGCAAGAGGAAGCAACAGUGAACCUUCAUGUUAAUCAAAAUUUACUUGAUACCGUGAAUCAAUCCUUGCUGAGUGUUCCACGUACGCCCGGUGACGUACCACAGAACGUACGUACGAGAAAGUGCAGCAUCGUGCAAGAGGAAGAAGACGAGGACGACGUUUCAUCGUGUUCCGGAAGAGAAGAACGCGGUAGCAACUCGGCCUUGAACUCGUUCAAUCGUCGUGGCUCACGUUCGGAAGGGAAGCUCUCUCAUAUUUUGCAGGAAAGGCUGGGACAACUCCCAGAGAAGCAUCCUGGACACAAAGUGGCGGUCGCGUCAAGGCUCGCUGCUCAACAACAAGACGGUCCAAACGUAACCGUUUUACCUGCCGAUCGAGAUGGAAAGUGUUUAAAGUCCUUUACGAAAGAUCCCAAACUUGUCGACGCAACUACGACGAAUCGUCAUUCUAAUAUAAUAGGUCCUGCCGUUAAAAAGGAUAUCAACGCGAUAUCCGAUAAGAUAUCUGGUACGACUAAAGUAUCCUCGAUCUUCGAUGAAAGUUUAAAAAGUAAAUUUAGUACUACGCUAGUUCAGUCGUCGGCUUGGUCGAAAAAACCAGGCAGCGUGGAGAGUAGACCGAAAUCCGUUACGGAAUGUCAAAGAUCGUUAGGUCCUGUCCCAGCAAAUAAAUGGAGAAUGGGUGCUCAACAUAGAUCAACGGGACUUACUUUAGAUACGUCUCCGAUAUCGCAACCUGUCUCUAGACCGUCUGAUUUAAUUUCUACAACAACGACAAUUAUUCUAACGGAAUCAUCGACAGUUUCGAUUCCUCUUCGUUCGAGCACGCACGAAGACCAUCAAUCCACGAUACCAAAAUAUAAGACUAUGCCAUCGCCAGGUAGUACAGGUUCCAUAUCACCUCCGCAAUUAACGUUGAACGAGAUAUUAGAAGAUGGUGACGCGAUGCAAGGUACAGUUGGUUCGAACGAAGGUAUCAACAACAACGCUUCCGCCGCCAAGUGUCGUGUAGUCAGACGUACGGGAUACGAGCAGAGAAGAAGCAAGUUUCAUAAAACAAGAACUGCUUCGUGUUCGAGCUCGGACGCUAGCGACGACGACAGUGAAAGUAGGAAGAAGAGAGCUCAUAAGCUUGGUGCAACGACGGAAAAACCAUUACCACCUAGACGAGAUAGUCACGACGAUUCUAGCGAUUCUCAAGAUCCUGGUGGUAGUGGAGGUGGUGGUGGUGGUGGGGGAGGUAGUGGUCUUGGAAACGGGGAACAUACGAGCGAAACACCAUCGAAUACACCAGAUACUAGUCGUAACGAUGGGGGUAAUAAUACUACGAACACAACGACAAGCAAUACUACAACAGCCGGUGGAAGGCACAGAUCAACGGAUAAUCAAGUGGCCUUUGGUAGAAGACAUAGAGCAGGUAGAAGAAGAGCCGGGGAGACGCGUUUGAGAGAAAGCCAAUCAUUGAAUCGAAUAACUGAAGUGCAAGAAGCCGAGGGUCCAUCAGCCUGUCACAAUCAUUCUCACGUAUCUCGCAAUUCGACAAUUUUAAACGUUCAAAACGUUUCAACGUCAACCUCCUCGAUAUCCCAAACUAGCACCGGAUCUCAUUGUAUUCAUCAUCAUCAUCAAUCAAUUUCUCACGCGACCACAACGACCGUACAAAAGGCUAAAGGUUUCGGUGCUAGACUUUUGCAAGGCUGGUCACUUGGCAAAUCUACUUUGUCGCAAGCUGUUAGUAGACAACAAACGGAUAACAAUACGACUUCUAGAGAAAUCAACAAAAUCGAUCAACAACACACGACGAGGUGUCAGCAAACAACAACUACUACUACUACUACUACUACUACGAUCGGAAAUUGUAAUAACGAUGAAAGAAGGAAGGAUCUGAACAACGGUGGUUGUUUGAUCGGUCAACAAACAGUAGUUCAGAACGAAAAAGAAAAUCGCGGAGCGUCGGUUAAUAGAAACGAAUGCAAAAGUAGGAAAAUUCGUUUGUUAAGUCGUUAUUUUGCGGUUCACAAGAAACUUUGCGUACCAUUGCCGGGUCUUUUUGGGAAGGGUCGAUUGUACAAGGCACGUUCUUGCGGUAACAUAGCACGCGAUCGCGUCAGUCCGCCAUCCCCUAAAUCGGUGCUACUUUGUGCCGCCUCGGACGACAAAUGGCGGGAACGUCAUCAGUGGUGCGACACGAAACAUCAGCAUCGUGGCAGCGACGGUGACAUCAAUCAAAAUCUUGGGCUUGCUCAUCUCGUCCAGGAAAGAGUCGUUGGUGUUGGUAAAGGGUGUACCGGUAUGCCAGCAGUUUGUCAUAUUCAUUUGGGUGACGCUUCCAAAUGUUGCAGCCUCUGUUGAUGAACGCUCGAUCGAAAAGAGAUAGAAAUUCCCAGUGUGAUUUUUUUUUAUUCUUCCUGACCCUAGGAUUUAUCAAUCUCGGGAGGAACUUUUGUUUGUUCGUACUAUCUCGCAGCCCCCACACCCUCCACAUCUAACAAAUACACACACAUACAACAUACAACAUAUAUAGAGAUACGUACAUGCAUAUGCAUACAUAUUUACAUACGAACUGGGACUUUUUCUAUGAGGAGGAUACAACCCCCCUCCCCACCCCACCCCGCCCGCCCCAACGUUCGCGUCGUUGCUGAUAAAUAAUCCCGUUGCUCUAACAUUCUUAAAACAUACAAUUUCAUUCUUCGUAAGUUCUAGAAUAAAUUUUCUCUAAUGACGAAGAACGUUUAGGGGUAUAUAUAUAUAUACAUACGUACAUAUACACAUACAAGCAUGUAUAUCUAUAUUUUUCCGCCCUUCUCCAAUCCCCCCGUGGCGUCGAACCACGUAAAAUAAUGGCGGUGACGUUUAAUACGCCAAAUAUUUAUUAAUCAGAUCGUUCCUGAAUAAUCUUGAUACGCCAAGUAUAGCUUGAACGUUGCUGUUAUAAGCGUCAAAUAAGAGAAUGAUAAGAGAAAAAGAACAAAAAAUAAAAUGAUUUAAGAGAAUAAUGAAAUAAUAAUAUUCCCUUUUUUUGUGGGAAGUGUAUCUAGUCUGUGUGAACAAGCCUGUAUUAAAUAUAUAUUGC